AUAAAAUAUAAAUGGAUAGGUUUAAUCCCAGAAACUUAGAGAAUAUAAAGGAAAUAGAAAACGACGAUUCCGAUCAGGGCGAAUUCGAUGAACAAGAUAAUUUAUAGAUGACGAUUAUGAUGAAGAUUUUUUGGAAGCAAACGAGCCACAAAACCCAAUGCAAGAGGUUUUGCUUAAAGUUCCUGGGUUGAUAACUUCCCAGUUUGCCUCCCCCAUCAUGAAGUUGAAUAAUUCUGGAAAUAAAUGGAACAACAGAAUGCUGGUGAUAAACCAGGAUUAUCUAGGGUACAUUAGGAAGGUUCCUGUUAAUAACGAAAUAACGGAAAAAGAUAUACCAAAGCAAUGUGUGCAUGUUUCUUAUAUCCUCGAUGUUGGCCCUGUCUCUGAUGAAGAAGCUAAGAAGUACAAAAAGAAAAUCAAAGAUCCUGAUAUCUGUUUCAAAGUCGAGCUUAUCAAAGCAGCUCUUUACAAAGGCAAGGCUAAAGAACCCAAGAUGCUUGAUCAGAUAACAGAAAAGAUGAAGAGUAAGCCUCAAAAAUGGUUCUUCAUGUGUGAAGUCAAAGAAGACAGGAACACUUGGAUUAAUAAGAUUAGAGAGAUAGCACCUGAGCUCAGAACUCCUUCUAUUGAUAUUGAUGAAGACUUAUAUCAAGAUCCUAUUAGAAAAACUCUUGAGAAAUCGAAAGAAGAGUCUAAAGGAUACAAGAAUGAGGCUCCCAAAGACCUUGAUCUAAACUAUGAUGUUCCUGAUGAGGAAGAUGAAGACGAUAUUGGAGAGAUAAACGAGAGGUUCAAUAAUGCUAACCUUGAUGAGGAUGAAGAUGAUGAGGAUAAUGAUGACCAAGCAGAAAACGCUAAGAACCCUGAAAUCCAAUAUUCUGAGUUAAAAUAACACCAUAAGUCAAUAUCUCACCCAGAGUAAUGAACUGCUAGACAGAAAGAUUAAAAAAGAGGAAGAAGCUUGGGACAUGAAAUUUCAAAACUACUGGACCAACCUGAUCAACUUUGAGCUUGAAAUCAGCAAACAAGGAGAUGACAGCGAAGAGAUCAAUACUAAGAUCAAUAUUUACUGUGAAAGGCUUCUCCAACACGUUGGAAAAUUCCGGAAAGAAAGUACUGAAAUUUUCCAGAAAAUAGUUGAAGAAAUGAGCAGGCCUGAAUCUAAAAGAACAAAUGUCGCUAUAAAUAUUAUUGAUACAGACUACCUCCCCUUUGCUUCUGAUGAUGAUUGUGCUGAGUUUGAGGUAUACAAAGAGAAGAACAUUAUUUUUAAGAUUGCUGCUUGUGAUAUGGAAGGUAAUUUAAAAUGGAAGCAAAUGCAAAGAGAGUUCAAUUCGAUGGAUGCCUUUUUCGAUACUCUUUAUAUCCUAUCAAAAGAUGAAGAACAGCCUAAGCUCAGAGUUCCUCUUUCUUGUAUAAUGGAUUACAAGGGAUUCAGAUGUCUGGCAACUGGACUUGUGCCAUUUGAUGAAUAUGCUCUAAAAGUCGGAUUUAACCAAGAUAACAAGUUUUUGAAUACCCAAUCUUUUAUGAAUAUUUUAAGCGAUGCAGGACAUAUUUUAGGACUAAAAGAUACAAAGGUGUUCCUCGGGGUGCUGUCAAGUCAUCAAAGUAUUCCAAUUUCUACACAUUUGAAGGUCUACCACUAUCGUCAAACUGAUAACUCAGACAAUAAUUUUCUUGAUUCUCCAACCGUGAAAUCGAAAAAGUAUCAUUUUUCAGAGCUCCAAUAUGACAUUAAGCCAAAUCAAGAUCUUGGUUAUGUAUUUAAUACUUCUUACAUGUUUCCGUUGGAUUUUUCUCUGAACCAGGCCAACGGAAUCCAAGAGAGAUAUAUAAGGCCUGAAUUCUUAUGUCAAUAUGAAAGACCAUUAAAGGCUGAUACAAGAAAAUUGCCUCCAAAAGGAGUGGAAAACCGUGUAAAAGAGGACCAAGAUAUGCUUGAAAUUAACGAAGCUUCUAAGACUCUUCAAUCUAAAACUAUUCCUAAUUUAGUGAGCCUGUUAGAUUCUUUGACUCUUGUCCCUCUUGACAGCAAGAACUUAUCUGAAAUAUUCCAUUCUUAUGGGAUUAACAUGAGAUACCUUGGAAUAGUAGCGAGGUACUCAAAUCUCUUUCAUGUGCAAGAUAUUUGCAUAAACGAAAUGAUUGCGAGAAUUUUAAAGCAGCUUCUUAAUGCUCAAAUUGCUUCCAGCAUAAAAGAGCUCUCGCUCGAUGAUGAAGAGAGUUCAGCUCAUUACACUCAUGCAAGGCAUGAGCCUAUUCAAAGGAACCCUAGAAGUAUCAUCAAGACUAAAUCAAAGAAUGAUUUUCAUCCAAAUAGAUCUAUUGACAAAGCAGUUGGAUUUAACGAUGACAAUAUUACUAGUCUGAACAGGAGCGUCGAUAAACAGAACUCUGAUAUUUUAGAGGUGGAUGAUCUUGAAACUAACCUUUAUAAAGAUAACAGAUGUAAUGAGUGGUAUCAGGACUUCCUAAACCUUACCUUUGGAAAUGACAAGGAAAGUGAGGACUUCUUCCAUGAAGUAGUGUAUCCUAGGAUACAGGUUUAUUAUAGCUAUCCUGUUGAGCAAUUGAAGGAAUACAAGAUCAAUUAUACAGCUUUAUAUUAUUCACUGUUAUACCAUUGCGGUCUUCAGAUUGAUAAGGAACAGGAGUUAUAUAAGAAACUUGGAAAGACUCAGAAACCUUUUGAACAUUACAAUUAUGUUAAAUGUGUUCCUAUAAGCAAAACUUAUCCAAUGAGAAAACUGCCAGUCCAUGACUUUGCAAAUAAAUAUAAGGAGUAUAGGGCUAGAGGAGAGAACGAAAUGGCUCUUCAUGCUGCCAAGGCAAGAAUCUUAUAUACUAAAUUGGUUGAAGGUAGAAUAGAUUUGGAAGCUCAAGGAGAAAUUGCAGAGCUUCUAGUUGAAGAAGCCAUGUAUGAUGAAGCUAUUGAGCAAGCUGAAAUUGGUCUACAAAAUUGAGGCCAUGAAAAUUCAUCUUCUAUUAAAUUUUAUUGAGUCUUAAUGAGAGCAUAUCAAAGAACUGGAGACACAAAGGAAGCUCAAAUAUACUUUGACAAGACUAUAAUGUGUCUAGUUCAUCAUUGGGGUCAGUUACACCCACUUCAUUGUACUAUUUAUAACAUUAUGGCCUUCUUAAUGAUCGAUGAAGGAAGUCUAAAAGAGGCAGAAUAUUGAUAUAUGUCUUCUCUAUCCUGUUGCUCUAAAGUUCUUGGAACUAAUCAUAUUCAGACUGCUGAGGUAUAUAUGGAUUUUGGAAGAUUAUACCUCAAAAUGCAUCGAAAAAGUGAAGCUUUAGUAAAUUUCCAAGCUGCAUUUAAUAUCUACCAGAGCUAUUUUGAGAAGCAGUCCUUGCCAUGUGGAAAUGCAGGAUUCCAUAUUGCCACAAUAUUGGAGGAAGAGCGUCGUCUUCAUGAGGCAUUUGAAUAUGCUCAAAUUGCUGUAGAGGCAUACUCCAAGAUUAAUGGUCAGGCCAGCGAUUUGGCAAUUUCAAGCCAGUGGCUAAUAAUCUCAAUUUCAUUUAGUUUGAAAAGUGCUAAAACUGAAGAGUAUUCAGCCGAAUUAUUCAGAAAUCUAAAUGAAAGGGAUCAACAUAUUCAGAGUAUAGAAGAAAAUAAAGGUGUGGAACAAACCAUUGACGAAGAGACCAGAGAAAGAAUUGAGAGAAUUAAGGAAUACCUUGCAGCUGUAGAUAUUAUGAAUACCACCAGGAAUUUGGAUAGGGAGAGAAGGACUAACCUCAAAGCUUAUGUUGAAGCUAUCAUGAGAGAAGAAGACAAAGACAAUGAAAUUGAAAUUGGAUACGAAAUUGGUAGAUAUGGAGAAGAGGUCUCUCAAAAGCCUACUUCUGGCUCCAGAGGAAUUGAUCCUAUUAAAGUUAGUUCUAUUUCUAAUCUCACAUUCACUGAUGCACAAAGAAAGUUACUGAAUGAAAUUUAUGAAGCAGCUGUUGAAAAUCAGUGCAAGGGUGUUUUUGACUUUUAUUACGAUAAGAUUAAAGAGAUCGUUGACAUGAUAGCAGUACCUGAUGAGAGUGGAGGCUAUACUGGCUCUCAGAAAGGUUUUGAGGGAUUCAAUAAAGUGAGAAACGAGAAAAGAUUUACCAAUGAACUUAACAAGAGCAUUACAUCCAAGUCAUUGAUUCUGAAAUGCAUAAGAAUAUUUGAAGAUGUCAAUUUCAUGAGUGUGAUAUUGGCUUCUACAGCUACUUAAAUCAUAGUUAUAAAUUUUGGCACUAAAUUAGUAAUAUUUAGUGAUAUAAAG